AUGCAAUUUAGGAUUGGAGGAGCCGGCAUUGAAAGGAGUCUGCAACUUCAAGAAUUAGAGUGCCUUCGACUAGAAGCAUAUGAGAACUCACGACUUUACAAGGAAAAGGUUAAGGCGGUGCAUGACAAGAAUAUCAAGAGAAGAGAGUUUAGAGUUGGGAAUUUGGGUCUCCUCUAUAACUCAAGGCUGGGACUCAUGCCAGGAAAGCUGAGAUCAAGGUGGGAAAGACCCUACAGGGUAGAGAAGGCUGAGCCUUAUGGAGUCUUCCACUUGAGCCAUCCGUCAAGCCCCACCUUCUUCAAGGUAAAUGGCCACCGCUUGAAGCUAUAUCAUGGUGAGAAGAUGAAGAGCAACAAGGAGCUAGAGAUCUUCCUCUUGAAGGAUCCAGUACAAGAAGAGGACUAA